GCGAGAGGGAGGGAGAGAGAAGGAAGGAGAGAGAGUGUAAUAGAUAGAGGGAGGGGGGGUAGAAUGACAGCUGAGAGAGGGAUGCGAGAUUGUGUGUGUGUGUGCGGGCGUGAGAAAGAGAGAGAGAGAGCGGAAAGAGAGCUGAGAAGAAGAGAGUGCUGAGAUCCUCUGUGUGUCAGUGGAAGCUGCUUCUGUCUCUCUGGAUUUUAGCAGAGGCUGCAUCUGGUAGGGAGAGGGAGAGAGAAGUAGAAAGAGAGAACAAGGAAGAAACAGAGGGUGUGAAGGAAGGAGGGAGAGAGCAAUAGAGCGGGAGCGAGAGCGUGGAGAUCUUUCUCUCGAUCUCUGCUGAAGCACAAGGAUCUAUGCUGGAUACUUCGUCACUCUUUCUCCUCCUCUUCCUCUCGUUCGCCGGACUCGUCUUUAGAACAGAGGGAAACCUCAGACUCGGCGCUCAUCCGUUGCCGUGGCAAUGGGCUGUCGGCUCUCAGGGCCGUUGUUCGGCGAUGGAUUGGGGGUCAGUGGGCGGGAUCUGAGUCACCUGACCAAACAGGAUCUUUCCCACCUGAGCAAACAGGAUGCUCUUAGAAUCCUGGCUGCCUAUGAGCAGCCAAUCACAUUGCAGAUCAAGAGCCAGCGUGGGAGGGGUUACGGCCUACAGGACUGCAGCACGCAGACUGAGAGACACUGGGAGCCUCUCACCCUGCCCCCCCACCUGGCCCUGCGCAGUCUGGGUGUCACCGCAGCCGGAACCAUGCCCAGGGUCAACCCUGCCUACCAGGACAGACACUACUGCAGCCACAUGAGUCUGCCUCGUGAUCACCGUGACAACGGGAGAUAUGAGUACCUACCUACCGCUCCACAAGACAUAGAGGAGUUGGAGCCACUGGGUUACCAGGACCUGGAGCUGGCCAGUCGUGUUCCGAGGGAUCAGAGCUGUCUGAUUGGCUGCUGCAACAACCUAGAAGAGCCCAGCAGUUACCACAGCCAGACUGAGGAUGAGGACUAUAUGUUGGAGAAACCUCUGGGCUACCUGCCACUCCACCAUGAGCUGGACAGCGGCCUGGGCUGGACCGACGGUAGCCUGCACCAGGGAGACCUUUCUGGCCUGGAGACAGAGGAGGGGGGUCUGGAGGAAUGUCACCCCAGGGGAGGGGGCCUGGCGGUCAGUGGAGGAGGGGGUGGAGGAGGAGGGUCUCCAUCCUCUGAGUCCUUCAUCUCGUCUGAGCUGAGUGACUCAGGGUUCUACAGCGUGAGUACGGGAGAGUUCCGCCGCUUCCAGAGGCUGUUAGAGAAGCGCAUGUGCCUGUACAAAGCUCGUCUCCACCACCAGAGGGAGGUGUGCGAGCGGGAGCGCCGCGACAGCUGCCAGAAGAACCACAGAGAGCUGCUUGAAGCCAUCCCUGAGGCACUGACCAUGCAGCCCCAGCCCUCGUGCUCCAUGCCUGGCCUGGCCGCUCCAUCCAUGGGCCCUCCACCCCACGGACUCUUCAGGGUGUCGUCCGUCCAGUUCCGGAAGGCGGAUCGUCCCUGUCUGAGCAGACACAGCUCAAGCAGCGGGUCCCUAUUCAACCCUCACCACGCCCCUGCGCCCCUCUCUGCCCAUGCGCCUGUCCUCUCCACCUGCAGUACCCCCUCCGGCCACCGCAGGCCGCCACCUCCACUGCAGCACCAGGGCUCCAGCUCAAUGGGGCAGCUGCGGAGAAGCAGAACCCUGCACCACCGUGGCCCACCCCAGGAGCGUGUCAGACGGGCCAGUCACCCGUCAUCCCCCUCCUAUGCCACCCUGCAGCAUUGUGGGGUAGCGCCACCUAGAGGCCUGGAGCUGGGCCUGCCUGAAGAGGGAGAAUCAGAACUGGUCCUCACACACCCAGCGGGAUUGGCCCUCUCACCCCAGCAACAUGCAACCUCGCUGGGGGAACACAGAGGAGCUGUGCCCUUACCAAGGGGACAUUACUGGGACAAUAGUGGAGGUCAUGAUCAGCUGGUUAACGACAGGAGGCAGCAGCAGGAGAGGAGCUUUAUGUCAGAGAUACCAGUGCGGGAGAGGGAGCAAGAGAGAGAGAGAGAAAGGGAGCGUGAAAGGGAGCGUGAAAGAGAGCGAGAAAGAGAAAGAGAGCGAGAAAGAGAAAGGGAGCGAGAAAGAGAACGAGAGAAAGAAAGAGAGCGGGAAAGACAAAGAGAAAGAGGAAGAGAGGUGCACCGCUUCAGCACCCUCACCCACCCUCCCCAGACAUCCAUGGACAUCCAUGAGACAUGGCCUAAACCGGCCAAUCGGCUGUCCCACCAGGGGUCAGGGGGUGGUGGGGGCCUCUACAGCACCCUGGAGGGCCACACUGGGGUCGGGGCUGGGGUCGGUGGAGGGUCUAGGAAGUGCCCCAAUCCUAACCCCAACACUAACUCCAACCAUCCUAACCCGAGAGCUGUGAGGAACCAGAUUCUUCGCGACCGGGCGUCGCAGCUAGCGGACGAGCGUAGUGGGAUGAGUACGGAUGAGGAGAGUCAGGAGGUGAUGAGAGGGAGGUACUGGAGCCGCACAGAGAGACGGGAGCACCUCCUACUGGCCCGCGAGCAGAAACAGCAGCAACAGCAGGCCCGCGGGCAACAGGCUUACACAAGGCCAGGAACCAAUGGAGGGUCAGGUUCUCUGAGAGAGGCAGGCGUCAACACAAGAGGAGGAGCUAUGGGAGGAGGAGGGAGAGGAGUUAUUCAAGAGGAAGAGGCUAUGUCUGGAGGGGGAGGGUCUUUGGGAGAUGGCCGGUGCAACACGGUGCUGGAGCUCAGCCAAAGGAAGUUGAGUCGUCUGCAGAACAGGAAGCUGUUAGAUGAUUGGACGACGGUGGAGGAGCUGCUGACUCACGGGACGAGGCUGGGUACCCGAGACGAGAUGUCCCUCUGUCCCAGCUCACUACUGACUGUCACUACUGUAUAGGGUCUGUGUGUGUGUGUGUGUACAUGCGUGUUUUCCACUAUAAAGCACCACGGACAAUAGCUUUGUGUGUGUGUGUGUGUGUGUGUGUGUGUGUGUGUGUGUGUGUGUGUGUGUGUGUGUGUGUGUGUGUGUGUGUGUGUGUGUCAGUGCAUGACCUUCUUACUAACUGAAUACUGUAACACACUGCAAGUGUGUGUCUGUUACAAUCUGUGAGUCUGUGUGAGAGAGGAGCGGUAUGUGUGUGUGUGUGUGUGUGUGUGUGUGUGUGUGUGUCUGCACCAUGUCUGGCUGCCUCAUGCUCAUGGGGUUUGAAAAACAGUUUUCUAAAACACAAUAGAGAGAAAUAGUAAUGGCGUCUUUUUGUAGGCACUAACUCCACCAUGGUUCGUUGGACAAAGCCGAUGAGGAAAAUGAAUGGCGUUUUUGUAGGGGUUUUGGAUAAAUGCCGAAAAUAAGGUCUGUGUGGAAACACUGGCUUAGGAGAUCUUAUACAUUUUGUUCUAUGAGAAUCUUCAUCAGCUAACGCCACUUUUUGUGAAUUUUGAAGAAUUUAUGUUGUUAUAAAAAACACAUAAAUCACAUAAAAGCUUCAUUAUCCGUAAGGGUCAUGUUAACUGACUGCUAUUAUCUCAUAGAACAAAAUGUAGAAGCUGUCAUAAGCACGUGUCAACCUCAGACCUUAUUUUCGGUAUUUGUUCCAAAAACUCUUUCCCCAUUCACUUUUCCCAUAGGGAUGGAUGGUAACUUAUUUCUGGGUUUUAAGACUACAAGCUGGCGAGCUCUAUACAGUAUCAUGUCAUUUUGUUGCUCUUAUCUUUGGGUAAUUUUUUUUUAUGUAAAAAAAAAAAAACACUGACAUUGAUGAAACAUUGACUUUUACGCCUCAACUAAAAACGUGACUGAGAUUUCUAAAAGCAAUACAGCACUGUAAGAGAAUCUGCCAGAACACAGCUCGCUGGACAUGAGAUAAGAUCGUAGUCUUACACCGAUGCCACAGCACAGCAAGCGUAGCACUGUGUGUUCAUUGAUAACCACCCCGCUCAAUCACCGAGAUCCAGUUUACAGUCUUAUAGGGGGAGGGUGUUGCAGUGGGAGAUGUUUGUACGGUGCCUGAUGUGAUUGUGCUCGACCCGCCUGGUACCCUUGAUGCCGCAACAACCAACCCAACCCUCUCCACCCUAUCGUUGGCUUGACGUUUACAUGACCUGUUUCCAGGGGUAGAUACUGUUGAGUAGAUAGAUGGAGUAGGCUGACCCUGAGGCUGGCCAGAGGUUAAUGGUAAAUAGUUGUGGUACUGGAGGCCUCUGCAGGUUAGGAGUCAAUUAGGCCCAGGAAAGAGGCUGGUGUUUUUACAAUUAACCCACAGAACAUUGACUGUACAGGGAAGGGACUCUGGCAAGUGGAAUGACUGUAGAAUGAUCUAUUGGUGUUGUUGUUAGCUCACAAAGCUUUUAUGGAAGGUUACGAAUAAAUUUGUUUGUCGUAGUGGUGUAGAGCCUUUCCAGAUAUAACACUCACAAUCCAUGUAAACAACAACAAACAAAAAAAACAGUGUUUUUAAAAAAUCAUUUGUAAAGAGAGCUGUGUCUGGCUUUAUUUAUGGUUUGAAAGGAGCGGACCAGGAAUCUGUAUAUUGGUCUUAGCUGGCUAUGUAUAGCCUUGUUCCUUCUGUGUUAUCUUCUUCUGUACAUAUUCAUUAUGGGACGUACCGUACAAGGCUAGGGCACAGGGUCGACAACGGAGUGUUACGCUCUAGUUGCCGAGGGCCACAAUGUCUGUAAAAAAAUUGUAUUUCUCCCUUGAUUGAUCAGACAGAUGGGGGUCAGAUGUAUAAUUUUUUUUUUUUAAAGGCUUAUGUCAGGGUUAUGCAGACUUAUGUCAGGGCUAUGCAGGAUUAUGUCAGAGCUAUGCAGCCCUGUUAACUCAAGGUUCACUGUGGUAGGUACUACUCACACUGUCAUUGAUAACUUCAUGUAGUAAUAAUGAUAAUAGGUGUGAUUUGCUUUGUGAUUAGUGUUGUCGGCACUCGUCAUUAGUGGCACAUGGCGCUACAGGAUCACACACCUUAAUGCACUGAGUGUGUUUCUCACACUCUCACACCGCGUGUGGUUCUUACACACACACACACACACACACACACACACACACACACACACACACACAGCAAGAAAGACUCACACCUGCCUGAUGCGUGAGCUGAGAGAGGCAGAGAGAAAUGGAAGACAGAGACGGGGAGAGACAGAGGGAAAUAAAUACUGAGAAGAGAGAGAAUGAGAGGGAGGGAUGGAUGGAGAGAGGGAGAAAGAGAGCGUGAUGGAUUCGUCGCUCUCUCCUCGAGGUGUUCCACGUCACACUCGGCAUGACUCAAAUGCUCGGAAUAAUGGAUGGAAAACGACAGGAUUUAUUCCCUCCAUCCCGUCUUCUAUUUCUCUCUAUAUAUAUACUGUAUGGUGAGGAUUAUUAAGGCUGAAAAUAGCCUUCUUUUCCUGUGAGAAGUGAAAUCACACAGGAGAGACGCUUGGGGUGGUGGGGUGGGCGGACGGACUUUUGACUUAAAGCUCUGCACACCUCUGGUUCCUCUCCCUACUCCCACUGUACCGUUUCCCCACGGACAGGGCUCCAAACGUCUCCCACACCUUAACGUCUGUGCAACUCUCCGGUUCUGCUUGUUUUCACUUUUCAGAAGACUCUUUUUGGGGUAGGAUGAUGAUGUACAUGUGGUUGUAAUAAAGAGAUUUUAAUUAGCUACU